UCUCAAGCAGUCUAAAACAAACCAUGAGUUCUCCAAUUAGGAUUUUAUUUUGCCUCCUUUUAUUCCGUUCAGUACUUUGUGAUAUUUACGAAGAGUUUGAUAAUGAGGUAGUAAACAGAAGUGAAGUAGCUCAUCGUAUUAAAACCAAAUUAGGCGAUUCAGAUGAAGCCAUCAAUGUACUGCUUAAGAUGUUGGAUGCUUGGGCGAAAUUUCCUAGUGGAAUUUUAGAAGGCAAAAUAGUGAAUCCGGGAAGUUUUGACGAAUGCUACAACAUCGAGUAUGACAAUAUUUACGGAAAAUAUUGUUUAGGUAUUUUACCAUUUAGCAAUAACACGGAAAAAUACUUCAAAAAAUUUGGUUUUAACAACUUUAAACCACCUCCUAGACUUUCUAUAAAUCCAGAACCCAGAGCAUCGUCUGGCAUUAACAUGGGGCUUAUAUUUGGUGCGUGCAUACCAAGUACCAUGUCAGCAGCUGAAAUACCGGGACAUUUGAAAUUCGCUGAUGAGAUGUGCUAUUCUAAAGCAACAGAACCGGAACUAUCAACGGGAGCAAUUGUGACCAUAAUUAUUUUAGCAAUUUUUUUGUGUAUUGUGAUAGUGUCAACUAGCUAUGACAUUGCUCUAAACUACUUCAAGAAAGAACCUUAUCACGAACUACUGAUUGCGUUUUCAUUUCUUUACAACGGACGAAAACUCUUCCGUUCGAGCAAAAAUUCGGAUCAAUUGCUUUGUCUAAACGGAAUCAAGGCCUUAAGUAUGAUGUGGGUUAUCCUAGGACAUGAAUAUUCAAAUUCCCAAAUUGCACCAUUAUCUAACUUGUUUAGCAUUGGAAAUUGGCUCAAUGAUCCCGCUAAUAUGUUUAUAAUGGGAGCCACAGUGUCCGUUGAUACAUUUUUCACAAUUGGAGGUCUUGUAACAGUUUACACAUUUUUUAAAUCAAUGGACAAAGGAGCAAAGUUCAAUGUUUUACUUUUCUACUUCCAUAGAUAUCUCCGUCUAACCCCUGCUUACUUUAUAAUGGGUUUAAUACACAUUUAUCUCUUAAACCAGUUUGGCAAUGGACCAAUGUGGAAAGCUGUGGAUAUAAGUCUAGUCCAGACAUGCAAAGACAGUUGGUGGAGUAGUCUUUUGUACAUAACUAAUUAUGUACAAGACGGAACUUGUUUGCCUCAAGCUUGGUACCUACAAGUUGAUAUGCAAUUGUUCAUCUUGUCACCGCUUAUUCUUAUACCAUUGUUUAAGUGGCCGAAAAUUGGUUUAAGUGCUUUAGGUUUUUUGAUAAUUGCUGGAUGUGUAUCGCCCUUUGUAAUUGGUUACGUGAAACAUUUUAAGCCUAUGAUAUUCUCAAAUGAAGAUAUAUUAGAAUUUAGCUACGAUUAUUAUGGUGCAACAUACGCUCGGUUUGGUCCCUAUGUUAUUGGAAUGCUUGCUGGUUACUUCUUGUACAAGAUUAAAACUAACAAGCUCAAAGUUUAUUUGAAAUGGUGGCAGGUUGUAACUCUUUGGUUAGUGUUUAUAACCGGUUUAGUGGCCUGUGUGUGGGCUGGUUACCCAUUGAACGUGGCAAAAGAAGAAGAUCGUUGGGGAAAUGCAAUGUUUUUCGCUUUUGAUCGGUCAGCCUGGGCUGUGGCAGUUGUCGGAGUAAUUUUCUUAUGUGUUAGUGGCUAUGGAAGACUAAUUGAUACAUUCCUCUCAUGGCCAGUUUUCCAAUUUUUAACCAAACUUUCUUACUCUAUGUACCUCAUACAUUUUACCGUUAUUUCAGUCAGAUAUGCAGUCUCGAAGAACAAUAUAAAAUUUUCCAACAUUGCAAUCUUGCACGCCUUUUGGGGAGAUUUUAUGUUCACGUUGGGUUUGUCCCUGAUAAUGUGCUUAACUUUUGAAUCUCCAAUCAUAAUUAUUGAAAAGUAUCUCUUUCAUAGAAGCCCUAAAGCAAAAAAUGUAAAACAAUAAUAAGUGAAUAUUUAAUUUGUUAUAAAA